AAACUUUUUGUGUGUGUAAUUUUUGAGUUAAACUCCUUUAGAGUUUUGUGAUUAAUUUUGUAACGAUCAUAAUCAUUCCUGUAUUAUCAAUCGUUACAAUCGCUCAUAUUAUCAUUGUUAAUUUGAUAUUAGUUAGUAAGAGCUUAUUUGAAUUCGCGCCCUAGCGCCAAAUUUUGUCACCAGGCGCCGCACGCGCCGGAAUUAGCAGACGACAAAAGCACAUGUUGCUUUUGCCGGUUGAAGCACCUCAGAUUGGUGUGAACCACGUUUUGAUACAUAGCCUCUGCGCUUAUACAAUUUGUAAUUGAAAAAUCAAAGUUUAAUAAAUAUUGUAAGUGUGUUUCUAAAUUGCGCUAUUAUUUGUUACUGUUUCCAUUAUCAUCUACAAAACUCAGCGCAGAUUGCAGUGCAGAUCAAGAAGGAAAUACAAAUAUCAAUUCUACAAUAUGGAGUCUACAACCAGCGCAAAAGCACCAACAACCAACGAUGUAUCCGAGGUUAUGGCUGUAUACUUUGCUUCUCCGCCAGAGGGUCAGCAAAUAGAUGACGCCAAGUUAAAAUUCGAGGAAUCACCGACGGGUUUGGUCGCGCUUUCCAAGUCCGCUUUCAACAAAAUUGUCGCCGAGCGCGAUAACUUUUUGGCUCAACUAAAAAAGGCCGACAAAACAAUCGCCAAACUGCGCAAAGAGGUCAACACCCCAGACCCUAGCAUCAAUGCAGAUAUUGCUGAACAAAACCGCGAAAUCAUUCGACUGAAUCAAGAGCGUCGUAAAAUGUCCGAUCGUCUUACUGCAGCAGAGGCGGAAUCUAAAUCUUCAGCCGAACAAGAGGCCAAAUUCAAGGCCGAAGCCCAAUCCUACAGGAAGGAUUACAACGAAUUAAUAGCAGAUUAUUAUCAUAUCGAAGACCAGUAUUACCGUCUGCACAAUCUCUUCAAAUCCAGCAUUAAAGAGGUUUUCCACGCCAUGACCGAGCUGCGCGAACCUAGACUACGCCCGAAAGCUCCAGAUGGAUGCCUCAACUGUGGAGUCUCUGGCCACAGCUACCGCUCGUGCGCAAAGGAAUAUACGGGUCUCUUCUGCCAAAUUUGUUCUCACCCAGACUUCUCGACAGAUGACUGUCCAUGGCCGCACUAUUCAGAAUUGCCUAAACAACUACCUGACCACAAGCGGUGCAAGUGCUGCUGACGUCCGCGCAACA